UACUCACAAUUGCUACUCAUCUGAGUGUGUGUUCUCCCAAGCUUCUCCAGGAACUGCCAAUUUUCUCACGAAUUACCGUUAUUCAGAGUCCUGCCCCACAAUUUCCAUCAAAAUGGAGAAGAUAAACGGACACACAAUGACCAAUUCGGUCUCCACCGACGAAAUCUUGGAGAAGAAUGGAAAUAAGAAGAAAAGCCGUAAAGACAAGUUGAUGAGAUUUUUGAAUAGGAAUAUGUUAGUGAUAAUGACGGUGUCUGGAGUUCUAGUAGGCGUCGGCCUCGGAAUGAUGGUUCGGAAUAUGAACCUAACGAGGGCGCAGAUGACUUAUUUCGCUUUCCCCGGUGAGAUGCUUCUGAGGAUGUUGAAGAUGAUUAUCCUUCCUCUGGUCGUGUGCAGCCUGAUCUCCGGCGCCGCCAGCCUGGACACGUGCUCCCUGGGGAAACUAGGAGGCAUCGCGGUCUCCUACUUCCUGGUGACCACACUCAUCGCAUCGGGAAUCGGUGUGUCCCUCGCCUUCAUUAUCAAACCGGGAGUCGGUGCCGGGGCUCUGAACACAAAUAAUCUAGGUCUCGAGAGCGUCAAUACCAACAAGGAGACCACGGAUUCGUUUUUAGAUCUUGCAAGGAAUUUGUUCCCAGCUAACCUUGUGGCUGCAGCAUUCCGUUCUUAUGCCACUGAUUACAAGAUGGUUGCUGUGGGAAACGACACCAAUGGAACCAUCCUCUACCAGAAGGUUCCUGUGGGCACAGAACCAGAUGGUAUGAACAUCUUGGGCCUGGUUCUCUUUGCCAUGGUGUUCGGGGUGGCACUGAGGAAGCUGGGAGAGGAGGGGGAGGAGCUCAUACGCUUCUUCAACGCUUUCAAUGAAGCCACCAUGGUACUGGUGUCCUGGAUCAUGUGGUACGUCCCGUUCGGCAUCAUGUUCCUGGUGGGUAGUAAGAUUGUGGAAAUGGAGGAUGUGGUUCUGUUGGUGACCAGUCUGGGGAAAUACAUAUUCGCCUCCGUCCUGGGUCAUAUCAUCCACGGGGGGGUCGUCCUGCCUCUCAUCUACUUUGGGUUCACACGCAAGAACCCCUUCAGCUUCCUGUCCGGCCUCAUCACGCCCUUCACCACCGCCUUUGCCACCUGCUCCAGCUCGGCGACCCUGCCCUCCAUGAUGAAGUGUGUAGAGGAGAACAACGGAGUGGACAAGCGGAUCAGUCGUUUCAUCCUUCCCAUCGGAGCCACCGUCAACAUGGACGGGGCGGCCAUCUUCCAGUGCGUCGCGGCUGUCUUCAUCGCUCAGCUCAACAACAUAGAGCUCAACGCCGGUCAGAUCUUCACCAUCCUUGUGACAGCCACAGCAUCCAGUGUGGGCGCAGCAGGCAUCCCAGCCGGGGGUAUCAUCACCAUCGCCAUCAUCCUGGAGGCUAUCGGCCUGCCCACCAACGACCUGUCACUCAUGCUGGCCGUCGACUGGAUCGUGGACCGCACCACCACCGUAGUGAACGUGGAGGGAGACGCCCUGGGGGCGGGGAUCCUCCACCACAUCAACCAACAGGAGAUGAAGAAACAACAGCACCUGGGGGAGGAGCUAGCGGAGGUCCUGGUGGAAGCGGUAGCCAACGCCCAGGCUGACGAGGAGACCUCCCCGCUCGUCACGCACCAAACCCUGGGUUCAGCGGGCGACCAAUCCCCCAGGGAGACCGCGGAAGCCAUUGAGUCUGUCCUGUGAACUCGUAAAACAACUGUGAAUUCCGUCUCUAUGGUUACAAUCAGUGGUGGCUGGUGGCACUUCAAUUCGGAGGACGGUCUCAUAGCAAGGCCUGGAACUAAAUUAAUGGAAUGAUAUCAAAACACAUCAAAUAUAUGGUUUUCUUUGUGUUUGAUGUAAUUACAUUCACUCCAUUCCAGACAUAAUUAUUAGCCGUCCUCCCCUCACCAGCCUCCUCUGGUUUCUAAGGUUACGAUGCUGCUGCUGCUACUCCUGACACACAACCGAGUCAACCGAAUCGACUGUGAAUCGACUCUGAAUCAACUCUGACCACCUUCACCAUACCUCUUAAAACAGUUCAUGAGUCAUUUCACUUCUAGGAAAAAAGUGCCCUAGAUAAAGUUCUCGUGAGGUGACGUCAUGUUUGUUUUAUAUUGUGGUACUUCCUAUUUGGAGUAUUGUAAAAGUGUAUUUAAAAGCCACAAGAAGGUUAGCCUCACCCUUUAGAAUGAAUCUUGCUCAAAUUGAAUCCAGGCUGCUUUCUGGUUUUGUGAGAGUGGUCUGUUAGACAUAGAAUCUAAAAAAGGGAAUCUCUCCUAACCGUGACGUGGCUGUGACCUCACAAGGCAGAUAGGAAGGAGAAUCAUUUACUAACUGACCUGGAGUUUUUUGUUUGUUUUCUGUCGAUAGUCAACCCAGAACGUGAAACAUUAACCCCUGUAAUGACAAAAGUCUCUAAAAUAUUUUGGGUAAAUAUUGAGGAAGAGCCACAGUUGACCUUCUGUUUAUGUACUAGAAUCUACUGACCCAAUGGCCUGCUAUGGUGCCUGUAUCUAAUAUUGGAUUUAGGACCAUAAGGAUCUGUGUUGAUAUAGUGCAGGUUCAAUUAGGGCAAAUCCUAACUUCUACUUAAGUUUAAUUUUCACUUUGUCUCACAUUGACAUCAAUGUGUGACUAAGUGGACAUUUGCCUUAAAUGGGAGUUACAAUAGGAUUUACCCCUUGGGCAAUGCAUGGAAAGAUGGUGGUGAGCACACCCCAUUUACUAAACUGUUAAAGUGCAGACUGAGGCCAACAAGGGCUGUCCUAUCCUUCUAUUGUUGUGAGAAUAGAUGUUGCCUCCAUCAGUGAUGUCCCAGACCCUUGCUACUAUGGGUUUCAUUUACUGAAGAAACCAAACCAUAUGUUCUUUGGAACUUUUUGUUUUUGAAUUGAGAGGAAGGAUGGUCAGACGGGCUGUGUUACAAAUGGUACCCUGUUCCCUAUAUAGUGCACUUCUUUUAACCUGAGCCCGGCACUCUGUUCCCUAUAUAGUGCACUACAUUUUGCCCCAUAGGGCUCUGGUUAAAAGCAUUGUACUUUGUAAGGAAUAGCCAUUUGGGACGACACAUGGGCAUUGAUAAAGGACAUGAAGGAAACUGCCAAAGUUGUUAGAGCAGCCUUUUCCUGUUGCUAGAUACAUCUAUGGGAUACGUGUAUGUUUUACAAAUGACUAACAUGUAAAAAUGUACAAAAUAAUGAUCAUAUUACAGCAGUGGUUCUGCUGCCACCUAGUGGUGGCUUGGCAUAGUUAUUCUGCUGCCACCUAGUGGUGGUGUGGUGUAGUGGUUCUGCUGCCACCUAGUGGUGGCGUGGUGUAGUGGUUCUGCUGCCACCUAGUGGUGGCGUGGUGUAGUGGUUCUGCUGCCACCUAGUGGUGGUGUGGUGUAGUGGUUCUGCUGCCACCUAGUGGUGGUGUGGUGUAGUGGUUCUGCUGCCACCUAGUGGUGGUGUGGUGUAGUGGUUCUGCUGCCACCUAGUGGUGGCGUGGUGUAGUGGUUCUGCUGCCACCUAGUGGUGGUGUGGUGUAGUGGUUCUGCUGCCACCUAGUGGUUGCGUGGUGUAGUGGUUCUGCUGCCACCUUGUGGUGGCAUGGCGUUGCAUAGUGGUGGCGUGGUGUAGUGGUUCUGCUGCCACCUAGUGGUGGCUUGGCUCAAUGUUUUGAGUUCUGUCAUGAGAAUGGAGCAAUCACGUGAAAGUACAGCGUUUUCAUUUAAUUUGUUCCUAUAUGGGCCAAUGUGGCCUAGUUUAUCUGGUCAAAUUGAUUUCUUAUUUCUUUGUAAUGAAUCACUAUUGCUGUUUGCUAGAAAUGAUUUACUCUGAUUUAUGGGGGAAAAUAUGUUGUACUAACUCACUAAUGUACCAACUCUGUUCCAAUUCCACUUCUACUCAGACUAAUCGUUUGUUGAAGCAGUUUUUAGCAAGGACAAUUAUAUGUUAUUAACUGUUUAAUACAAAAUUGUAUGCACCCUGAUUUGUAAGGAUCUUUGGGAAUUCUCUAAACUCUAAACAUGUCCUUAAAAAUGUGAAAAGGUUGCCAAUCUGUCAUUGGAAUACUGUGGCUCUUCAUAGUUUGACAGUGAAUUAUGUCUUUUUUGGAAAACAGAAACUGGUUGUGAGAAGGAGCAUUACGUUUGAAUAUUCUUUAUUUAACAUGAUCAUCUUUCAAUUGAACAACCCUUUACUUUUAUAAUGCUUGUAAAUCUUUUUUUCACCCUGAAGCUGACUGAAUUGAAAGUAUUUGUGAGAAUAUGUUGAAAUAAUCUGGAACAAUCACAGAUAUGUACUUGAAUAAGCUAUAUGAAGGCAUUUCUAUUUAUUCUAAUUGCGUUAACAUUUUGUAUAAUUUGUAUAUUUCAAAUACGAUUUAGGUAUUUUCUCUGAAUUUCUAGUUGCCAAAUCUGUUCCUAACGCCUUUCUCUGAUGUGGAACGAUUUUUCUUACAGCCUAAAGUAUGUAGCCUGGUCCAGCUCUGGUUGUGCUCUUGCCAACUCCAUUGCUAUAAUUGUCAAGACAAUCUGUUUGGCAUGGCAAUGAGUGGCAUGACAUGGUAGCACAAACAGAUCUGGCACGCAGGCUAUAAAGUAUGUCCUCCAUUUUGUUUUGUGGUAUUUUGACCAACAGGAAUAACUACUAUGUUUCCUGUGCAAUGAUGAUGUCUAUCUUUGUAACACAGCUGUCUCUUUUACUUGUCUCUGUCUUUUACCAUUAAAUAUAAAUGUGUGUUUCACACAAGAGAUGA